CGAUAAGGCCACGUUUUCCCACUGAAGUUUUGUUGCGCAUCUGUUGUUGACUCGUUCCGCCGUGUCCGAACACCGAUUCCUGUUUUUCCUUCGUUGUGUUGGCCUCUCUCGAACGCAAUGCAGAGUCGCACGGACAGUUUCCUAGCUACCAUACUUUCCCCGUUCCAAUUUUCACGUGGACGAACCGACUCUGCGUCAUUUUUCACGGUGUAACCCAGGUUUCUGGCGUAUUUCGGUCCCUCCUAUGGUGGCGUUUCGCUGUCGGUUUCCAUAGUUGCGUUGUUCGUGGCAGAUGCAUCGUCCCGAUGCUCUCUAGAUGCGGCGAGAGCUGCCAGGAUCUCUGUCUUCGUUUCCGACAUCCUCGUCGUUUUGUUUGUUCGGUUUUAUUUCUGAUGCCACUCUCCAGAGAAGCCCCUCCAAGCGACACCGAAGACUGGAAGCACGGUAGCUCUUUUACCCGCACGACGCUACGUCGUGAAAUGGUUUCCCAUGGCAUGCAGCUGGCAUACAGUUCACUGCCUUCACUCGCGUUCACCAUCAGAACCUUUGAAUCUUGAGUGCUAGCAAAAGCAAAGACCAUCUACUGCGUGCAUCCCUGAAACAGGAUCCGCGUAGCCAACACGAGCCGGUUGUUCGGGAACAACUUCCGCGAGUCAGCUGUGGCAGGUGUACAUACACCCGAAGCAAUGCUCCAGAAACGUGUUUGUUUUUCUCGCUGUACCGGACAACAGAGGCGAAACUGGCAACUGCAGUCAACCACCUGCUGGCCGUGACCUGGAUCUCUUCAUGAAAGGAUGUGUAACACAGAGGAGGCUCUUUUGCGGGAAACCGCCGUCUCCUUUUCCCGCGUCGUCGCUUUUCAACUUCUCGUCUGACUUGCUUCGAGUGUUCCGUACCCCGUCUUCUGCAUCACGUUGGGCCUCUUUUCUGUCAAAGACCCUGUUCUCGCCGCAGUCGUUUCUGCAGCAGUCUCCUUUCUCUUCUUUGCUUCUUCCUCUUCGACACGCAACACUUUGUCGAAGGCUCUUCGUCAAAAACAACGACGAAACCCCUCCUCUAACUUCCUUUCUCGACUCCUAUGGAUUCGUCCACGCUGUUUGUCGCCAUUCUUUCUGGAUCGAAGGAAAGAGGACAAGAGAGACGAGCGAAGCCAGCGCAACAGAGUGGCUCUCGGACUUCUGCUGUCUUUCCGUUUUGGUCACUGUUGCCCCUGAAUCGCCUCCAUUUUUUUCCCCGUCGCUUUUCCGCUGUUGACCUAGGUGGUCGGAAAAAAGUGUGACAAAGAUUUUGAGAGUAGUCUGCCAAUGUCCCGUUGUCUUCCGCCUCUUUCUCCGUGCAAACUCUUCUGCCCUCGUCCUCUCUGCCUUUCUUCGUCCCACCGGCUUUCUCUCCCCAUAGUCACGCACUUCCUUUUGUUCUCUAGCGCCUUCUCUUUGUGUUUUUCGUCUCUCUCUACUGUCUUAUGUCUUGGGUAGACUCUCGCUCAAGCCGAAGUCAUAUUCAGUGUCUCUGGUACUGUGGUGCCGCUGUUUAUUUGCCUCGAGUGACUCAGCUCUGUCUCGCGGAUCGGUCGUCGUUCUUUCUCUGCGUUUGCUUACCUCGCUGUGUGUCCUAAGAGGCAAAUGGCGGGGCAUGGGCUCGCACGUCGAUUCGUAGACUGCUACAAAGUGCUGGGUCUCCACCCGACUUGCACAGAUGCAGAAAUCAAGAAGAAAUUCGCUGAGCUUGCCAAGCAGCUGCACCCCGACAGCGGAUCUGCGUCGCAAUGCCGAGAUAAGUUCCAAGCAGUGACUGAGGCAUAUAAGCAGUUGAGUGCAAAUCGUCGAGAGUACGAUGCACUCUACGAGGCACAUGCUGGCCUGGGCAGCAGAGACGGAUUUUCCACUUUGUCUGGGAAACAAGCAAAAAGGGAGAAGCCCGAAGCUGGGAGCUUCUUCUACCCUGAAGGAGACGCCAAGGGUGGAGAGGCCUUUUACUACGACUCUGCUUUCUGGGAGGCUCUGCACGCGCAGCGGGCCUACGGACGCCGCGGGGGCUUAUGGACGACGCGGCCAGAGCCCCCGCGAGGCAACCGGACGUUCUGGCGCUCGCUCGACGAGGAGGAUUGCUCUUUCGACUUUGAAGACGACUGGAAGCAUGGGCGGAAUAGCUACGCGUCUCGCCAGGGUGGACGGCCUCGGCGGGAGAAGGCGCGAGGCUCUCCAGGGAAGCCUGAGAGCGGGCAGGGGUUGUGGGGAGAUCGCGAAAGCGAGAAGAGACGGAAGAGUCGCGAGGCAUCCGAAGGCGCUGAAGAGGGCGAAGGCGCCUUCUUUUCUCGCCGCCGCGAGCGCGGUCAAUGCCAGGAGGCAGAAUCAGGCGGAGAGCGAAGCUGCAGAGGGCCGAAAGGCGCGUCGAUGCCGGAGAAAGAGAGAGGCAUGCGCUGGAAGGCGAGACGAGGGUCUUCGGUUUUUGAAGACGACUUGUAUGGAGACGCGUUUGCAGCUGAAAGCGAGUUCGACCCUGAUGAGAGACACGGGGACAGAGACGGCUUCUUCGGACCUCGCAGGGGCUCAGCGUCCAUGCGCCGGGACAAAGAUCUCCAGGGAAGCAGGGGAAAAGGCGGACGCAUGCAUCCAGGAGCUGUUAGGCGGUGGCAACAGUGGCGCGAAGUGGACGUGUGUGUGAUGGAAGACGACGACGGUCGCGAGGAACGGCGCCGGCAGGAGAAGAAGCAGCGGGAAAAGAGUCGCCGAGACCGGCGGGAGCGAGAGACAGGAGAAGAUACCGGGACGGACAGGCCUUGUGGGGACGCCAGGCGAAACGAAAGAGAGAAGAACGAGAAGGACCGGAGACGGUCUCCGCGGGCCUCGGCGGCGACGGAGGGAGAGGAGGCGGAAUACAGGAGUCGGCGAACGGGGAUGAGGAAGGGAGGCCAGAGAUGUGAGAGGCAGGAUGAGCGCCAGGAGACUCGGAGCGGGGCUUGCGACCGCUCAGAAGACUGUGCAAACAGCGGGACUCCAAAGGGAGAGACGAACAACGCGGAAGACGAGGGGCUGGGAGGAGACGAACACUCCCGAGAAGAGACGGGAGGCGACAGAAAUCAUGGAGUCGAUACCCCAGCCAGCGAAGCCGACGACGCGGACGUGGAACAGACGGAGAGUCGCAGAAGCAGGCGAGAUGGAAAUGCACACGUCGCUUUUUCAGAAAACGACGCGGAGCAGGAGGAACUGAGAGAUGCAGAGAAAGGGACAGAACUAGAAAGCAUACAAGAGACCGGAGGCCUCAAGUCUAAGGCGGACGAGGCCACCACCCGUGGCGGCCGCCCAAACCAAUCGACUUCCAGGAACCAGCCUGAGCGUGUUGCGGGUUCGGGGACCUAUGGCGAGUCGUUUGCAGAGCUGGAGGAGCAAGGCCGAGACGCACAAGACGCGGACAUUUCAAAAGUCGAACUCGAAGAGAGAGCGUGUAGAGUCGAGAGCGCAGGCUCGGAAGAGGGAGGAGAGUACGCGUGGUCACGUGGUCCUGGACGGCAGUGGCAAGACACUCCGCAUUAUGAGUCGACUCGAGGGAACGUGUGUCGCGAGAAAGUGUCUUCUUGCUCAGACGUAUCCGAGAAGGAAGAAAGCACGGAGACUCCCCGAGUUGUGAACGGAAGUGAGAGCCCUGAACAGGAGGGGGAACGUGAAAGUUUCGAAACGGCGGGUGGAGUCCGACACCGAGCAAGCGUUGAGGGUGAGGGUCCGUGUGUCACUGGAGGGGUGGAGUUUCGAGAAGACGAAAACGACACCGGCGAACGACUUUUUGUAGGUGGACACUUUGACGUGUACGAGGAUGGCGGGCUGGGAAGGUCGUACACAGACGGCAGAAGAAAACGGAGGAGCAGAAAGGCGUUCUUCGAUAGUGACAGUGAAGACGAAGAGACAGUCUUUAGGAGGAGGCAGGGCGACGGGGAUGAAGGCUGCGGCGGAGAGGAAGAUGACUCGUCCUCAGAAGACGACUUUAUCGGGAGGAGUUCGUGGAGGAACUCCAGAAGAGAGGCUCCGCUUGGAGACGGAGACAGUGCAGAUGAUGGAGAGGGGGGAGGAAGAACGCGAUAUCAUUCCGCAGGCGAUGACGACGAAGGGGUCCGACUUGGGAACCAGAAAGACAGAACGAGGCCGUGGUCCCAGGGACGAUUCAGGCGCGAGUUCGAGGAGCACAAAAGCGAAAAAGAGCGGCGGGGAGACCGCCGGCGAAGCGGACUGAAGGAAGUUGAUGUCUACACUCUCGCGUCGACCCUCCGAAAAAAAGGGAAACACCAAGUGUUGCCGCGAUUGACUUACACAGACCGAAGUGGAAACGGGAAUCGCGUCGAGGGAAUUCUCUUUCUCGACGAAACUCCCAUUCGAGAUUGGUUGAAGACCUACGGAGACCGCGGACGAGUCUACGGUAUUUACCGCGACGGUGCAUUUUUGUACAGUUUAGAGUGGAAAAAGAAAAAACACUGGGGGAAGGUCGCAGAACACGCGAGGUACUGCGACGCAUCACGGAUGACCGACUGAGAAAGCAAAUCCUGGUUGGUCGGAAAUGUUCGGCUAAAUGUAGAACCCACUGCCACUCCCGAUAAAUUGGGUCGAGGCAACCCGAGCUAAAAACGGUUAUUAUCGCUAUUUGCUUAACUCUUUCCUUGUUCCGAAUUUCAACACUUGAAGCAUACUUUGAAAACCCAGAAAGACCUAUCUCGGUCUUGAC